AUGUUAUGCCGUGGUAACAAGUUUACCGUUGUGUGUGACAACUUCUUCUGUACGUUAAGGUUGUCACACUACCUUGCUUCAUGUGGGUGCCAACUUUUGGGAACCAUGAGGAUUAAUAGGAAAGAACUUCCUGACGAAGCCAAGACAAUCAAAGGGAGAACUCCCGAUACCACCAUCUUUUUCUCGAAAGGAAAGUGUAAGCUCAUCUCUUACUUCAACGAGAAAAAGAAGCUGGUAUUGGUCUUGUCAACCUGCCACGAAAAGAAUGAAAUUGAAGUCGUCGAGCAGGAUGUGUUCAUUGGCAAAGAAAAAAUGACAAUACACAAACCCCAGCCCAUUCUUGACUACAACCACAAAAUGGGUGGGGUUGACACUGUGGAUCAGAUGACCAGGUAUUAUACGUGUAGACGUCGAACAAACAGGUGGAACAUCAGGGCUUUAUAUGAUAUGAUUGAUAUAGCUGCCUUAAACGCGUAUAAAACGUACUCAAAUUACCACCCUUGCAAACGAGUGGAUUUUUUGAACAAUCUUUCUGGUGCUUUAAUGAAAAUGAAAUGA